AUGGUGAUCCUCAAAUCAGCCCUAGCUGCGACACCCUCACACUCCAUGAUGUGCUUCAAACUGCCAAAGAGCUUAACCAAGAGGAUCCAAUCAGCGCAGACUCGCUUCUGGUGGGAUGCAAACCCAGAAAAGAAAAAGAUGUGCUGGAUCUCUUGGGACAAGCUAGCAAAACCAAAAACCGAGGGCGGGCUAGGAUUUCGCAAUAUCGAAACGUUCAAUGACGCACUACUCGCCAAACAAGGGUGGCGCAUCCUGAAGAAACCGGAUUGUCUCCUCUCAAAAGUCUUACUCGGAAAAUACUGCAAGUAUGAAUCGUUCAUGCAGGUUAAAGCAGCGAGUUCAUGUUCCCACGGUUGGAGAAGCAUCCUGUGUGGUAGGGACUUACUGGUCGACAACACUAUAAAGACUAUAGGGAAUGGCCAGGACACUAGUGUGUGGUACGAUGCCUGGUAUUCAACCGAGAAGAGACUGCAACCGAUGGGCCCACCAUAA